GCCACUGGUUUACUGAGUACUCCUAGUCUAAUAGGUCAUAGCCACCAAGGCAGCAGCCAUCACGGCUCCUUACUCCAGCCAGCCAACUAGCCUAGCAAAAGUACGUAGUACCACCGCCUAGCUUGCUCGGCGGAGCGGCAAUGGACACGGGCCCGGAGCGCAACUGGAACUCGCCGGCAUCCCCGCCGUCCUCGCUCGAGCAGGGGAUGCCAACGUCGCCUGCGUCGCCGACGCCGAAGCGCCCCGCGGGGCGAACCAAGUUCAAGGAGACGCGCCACCCGGUGUUCCACGGCGUGCGCCGUCGGGGCAGCAACGGCCGGUGGGUGUGCGAGGUGCGCGUGCCGGGGAAGCGCGGCGAGCGGCUCUGGCUCGGCACGCACGUCACCGCCGAGGCGGCCGCGCGCGCGCACGACGCCGCCAUGCUCGCGCUGUACGGCCGCACCCCCGCCGCGCGCCUCAACUACCCCGACUCGGCGUGGCUGCUCGCCGUGCCCUCCUCCCUCUCCGACCUGGCGGACGUCCGGCGCGCCGCCAUCGGGGCCGUGGUGGACUUCCUGCGCCGGCAGGAGGCGGGCGCCAGCGCCGGCGCCGUCGCUGAGGAGGCCCACGUCGACGGGAUCGCCUCCGCCGCGUCGGCGCCAGACAAUGCCAGCUCGUCGGCGGCGGCGGCCCACUCACAGCCGCCAUGCGCCAAUGCGGGGUACGAGGUGCCGGACGCAUUGUGCCACGACAUGUUCGAGCUCCACACGUCCGGCGAAAUGGACGCGGGCACGUACUACGCGGACCUGGCGCAGGGGCUGCUCCUGGAGCCGCCGCCGCCGCCGUCCAGCGGGGCGAGCUCGGAGCACGGAGACGAUGCGGCGCUAUGGAACCACUGAUGACACCGAGCGGGGACUCGGGUCAAAACUAUCUUGGCUCCGUUGAUUUAUUUCUUUAUUAUUUAUUCCGAAAAAGCGCCCCGUACGUGCACGGUGUGGACCCAUGAUGGGCAUAAUAAAAGGCCAGUGACAGGCGCCGGUGCGCCGGCCCAAUUUUGGGCCGGUCGCAGCGCACCCUUCGAUUCAUCCAUUAACAGCCGUUAGAUGUGACGUCCCCUCCCCCACUCUUAAAAAAAUCUGACGCCCCCUACAGUCGUCUUCUUCCCAAUUCCCCACGCUUCCGCACACAGAGGAUCGCCCCCUCCCCUUCCCUCGACUUGCCGUCGUCGGGGCCGUGGUCGACGAGCUCCGGCUGGGUCCCGACCUGUGGCCGUCAGGAUUGCAUCAUGACCGCC